AUGCUCUACAACUUUCAGUGUCGUCGUACUCGCUAUGUGCUGUCGGCGAUGACCCCAGGAAUUCGAGACAGUUGGAUCACGGCUCUUCAACAGAAUAGGCACAAUCCAUCUCCUACGUACGCCGAGACGUGCGCUUCAAACGACACAGUGAGUAUGGCGGAUAGUUCAGACAUCCUUGGCAUGCCCCUGCGCAAGAAGCACAUCGCCUAUGUGGCUCCAGAAUCUCAUCAUUCAAACUCGUUAAUGGACGGUGACUCGUCCACAGAGGAUGAGUUGAGCGCGAUGCAACGAGGUCGCCAUCGCCGAAGUCGCUCGAGUCGCGGCGGUUCGCGAUCGUCCGUUGAUGUGUCGCGACGUGAUCGCGGCAGUUUGUCGCCAUCAGUACGUCGUUCUCCUCUUGCUAUCGUCAAGGAUCGCAAUCACGAUAUACGACAGCGGUAA